CAUGGCUGCCCCCGAAUGGAUCUGUUCCCCCCCGAGAAUGCUCCUGUCUCCCAAGUCCCUCGGUGCAGCUCAGUUCUACUCACCCCAGAGCCCACUGACACCCCUCCCCCCCGUCUCUGCCCUGCUCCCCCAGGCAAGGACUACGAGAAUGCCGUGAAGUAUUACAGCGAGGCCAUCGACCUGAAUCCCACCAAUGCCAUCUACUAUGGCAACCGCAGCCUGGCCUACCUGCGGACAGAGUGCUAUGGCUACGCCCUGGCCGAUGCCACCAAGGCCAUCGAGCUGGACAAGAAGUACAUCAAAGGCUACUACCGGCGGGCUACCAGCAACAUGGCCCUGGGCAAGUUCAAGGCGGCCCUGCGCGACUACGAGACGGUGGUGAAGGUGAAGCCCAACGACAAAGAUGCCAAGAUGAAGUACCAGGAGUGCAACAAGAUUGUGAAGCAGAAGGCGUUUGAGCGCGCCAUCGCCAGCGAGGAGCACAAGCGCUCCGUGGUCGACUCCCUGGACAUAGAGAGCAUGACCAUUGAGGACGAGUACAGCGGCCCCAAGCUGCACAGCGGGAAGGUGACGCUAGCGUUCAUGAAGGAAUUAAUGCAGUGGUACAAGGAUCAAAAGAAACUCCACAGGAAAUGUGCCUAUCAGAUCUUGGUGCAGGUGAAGGAGGUGCUCUUCAAACUCCCCACUCUAGUAGAAACCACGUUGAAAGAGACCGAGAAGAUCACCAUUUGCGGGGACACCCACGGCCAGUAUUACGACUUGCUGAAUAUAUUUGAACUAAAUGGGCUGCCGUCUGAAACGAACCCCUAUAUAUUCAAUGGGGAUUUCGUCGACCGCGGCUCCUUCUCGGUGGAGGUGAUACUAACGCUGUUCGGUUUUAAGCUGCUAUAUCCAGAUCAUUUCCACUUACUCCCAGGGAAUCACGAGACGGACAACAUGAACCAGAUCUACGGGUUCGAGGGGGAGGUGAAAGCCAAAUACACAGCCCAGAUGUUUGCACUGUUCAGCGAGGUCUUUGAGUGGCUGCCCCUGGCGCAGUGUAUCAAUGGCAAAGUGUUGAUCAUGCACGGCGGGCUCUUCAGCGAAGACGGGGUCACCCUGGACGACAUCCGGAAGAUCGAGAGGAAUCGGCAGCCUCCGGAUUCAGGUCCCAUGUGCGACUUGCUCUGGUCGGACCCGCAGCCUCAGAACGGCCGGUCGGUCAGCAAGCGGGGCGUGAGCUGUCAGUUCGGGCCCGACGUCACCAAAAGCUUCCUGGAGCGGAACCAUUUAGACUACGUCAUCCGGAGCCACGAGGUCAAGGCCGAGGGCUACGAGGUGACGCACGACGGCAAGUGCAUCACGGUCUUCUCAGCACCCAACUACUGCGACCAGAUGGGCAAUAAAGGCUCCUACAUCCACCUGCGAGGGUCGGACCUGCGCCCCGAAUUCCACCAGUUCACAGCUGUGCCUCACCCCAACGUCAAGCCGAUGGCCUACGCCAACACUCUCCUCCAGCUGGGGAUGAUGUAACCUCCCUGUCACCACCGCCCCCACCUGGGAGCCCCCAGGCGCAGCAGAGCCGACCCCUCGGCCCUUUUGCUUUCUUCCACCGUCCGCCCGGGCUGCCCAGGCGCCGGCGUGCCCACCAGGAGGGCGGGGGAGCCCCCUGCCCCCUCGGCUGAGCCCAUUUGUAGUGUUGCCGUGAGCUGGCGCCGCGCCGCCGGGAGGCAGGGCGUGCGCAAGGAGUAUUUUUUUUAAUAUAUUGGAAAGAUUGUAUUUAUUCCCAGCCAGCUCCGUUUGCCGCCCACUCCCUCCCGGCAGCUGUUCUUGGCCUGCGGGGUGGAGCGUGGGGGCCUGCCCUCUCUUCCCAAGUGCUGUGGCUUUGAGGCCUCUCUUGAUAGGCAGGCACUGGCCUCGGGGGCUGCAGGAGAGGCGAGGGGGCAGCUGGGGGCAGAAGUUAGGAUCAGGUCAUGAGUGGAAGCAAGUGGUGGGUCAGGGGAUUCUGAGCUCUGGGGCUGCAGGCCUGGGGCUGCCAGUCUCAAGAUGCUCUGGCAUCAGGUUACAGUUUUGUCACGGUUCUGGUCAGUGAGAGCGGGGGUGGGGUUGCAGGCACUAAACGGAAACCCACAGAAACUCGUGGCCUGCCCCCAGGACAAAACUCGGGCGGGGGGGGCCCUGCGGCCCCCGGGCUGAAAUCAGAAAUGUCUCAGUUGCAGCAAGGCCUGGGGUCCAUGCCCUACCCUGGGCCUUACACAGAAGCAAUAGGUGUGCGGGUGUGGGGCAGGCUGAGGCCUGGCCUCCAAGUGGUGCUCUUGCCAGGAGUGUGUGGCUGUGUGUGUGUAGCUGGGGUGGGGGGUGGGGGAGUGGGGGAAAGC